UCGGUGAACACCAACCGUCGGAUCAAAUUUUUUACCGAUUCGAUCUAAGACAGCCAAUAAGCACAAGAGCGGACCUCAAAAUUUGAAAUCAUCAGAACCCCGCUCUCCUUUUUUUCCUUUUUCACUUUUCCAUUCUCUCUCACACACAAAACACACACUCGGAGGAGUCGACUCUGAUUAUUGUACCAUAGACGACAAACUUCACACACACACACUGACACACACACUCGACGAUGUCGUCUCGUCAUGAAAGAGAGAAGGGUGUGAAUGUCCAGGUUCUCCUUCGUUGCAGACCGUUUAGCGACGACGAGUUGAGGAACAAUGCGCCGCAGGUGUUGACGUGUAAUGAAUACCAGAGAGAGGUCGCCGUCUCGCAGAAUAUCGCCGGCAAGCAUAUUGAUAGGGUUUUUGUAUUCGACAAGGUGUUCGGACCUAAUGCCCAACAAAAGGAUCUAUACGAACAAGCAGUUAUUCCAAUAGUAAAUGAGGUAUUGGAAGGUUUCAACUGUACAAUCUUUGCCUAUGGACAAACUGGCACAGGAAAGACGUACACCAUGGAAGGGGAAUGCAAGAAAUCUAAGAGCGGUCCAAAUGGAGAAUUACCUUCAGAAGCAGGAGUCAUUCCGCGAUCAGUAAAGCAAAUAUUUGACACAUUAGAGGGUCAAAAUGCAGAAUACAGUGUGAAAGUCACUUUUUUGGAAUUAUAUAAUGAAGAGAUUACUGAUUUGUUAGCCCCUGAAGAUAUAUCUAAAGUUGCAAUGGAAGACAAGCAGAAGAAACAAUUGCCACUUAUGGAAGACGGGAAAGGCGGUGUGCUUGUGAGAGGUCUAGAAGAAGAAAUUGUAACUAGUGCCAGUGAAAUUUUUACUUUACUUGAAAGGGGAUCUGCUAAACGUCGAACUGCAGAGACCUUACUUAACAAACAAUCCAGUCGAUCACAUUCUCUAUUUUCCAUUACAAUACACAUAAAAGAAUCGACCCCUGAAGGUGAAGAACUCAUAAAGUGCGGGAAGUUGAAUUUGGUUGAUUUGGCUGGUUCCGAGAACAUCUCCCGUUCUGGUGCAAGGGAGGGAAGAGCAAGAGAAGCUGGAGAAAUUAAUAAAAGCUUGCUUACAUUAGGAAGAGUAAUAAAUGCUCUGGUCGAACAUCUUGGUCAUAUUCCUUACAGGGACAGCAAACUCACACGUUUGCUUCGUGAUUCGUUGGGUGGAAGAACAAAGACAUGUAUUAUUGCUACAGUUUCACCAGCUGUUCACUGUCUUGAAGAGACCCUUAGCACAUUAGACUAUGCCCACAGGGCUAAGAACAUUAAGAAUAAGCCUGAGGUGAAUCAGAAAAUGAUGAAAUCAACUCUAAUCAAGGAUCUCUAUGGUGAGAUAGAACGACUUAAAGGAGAGGUUUAUGCUGCACGGGAGAAAAACGGGGUGUACAUUCCUAAAGAACGAUACUAUCAAGAGGAGAGUGAGAGAAAGGCAAUGGCUGAUCAAAUUGAACAAAUGGGAAUGACAACAGAAAACCAUCUGAAGCAAAUAGAAGAGUUACAAGGAAAAUAUGAUAGUCAGGUCCGGGAGUGCUGUGAUUUGAGCAACAAACUUGAUGCAACCCAGAAAGAUUUGAACGUGACAAGCAAGUUGUUGGCCAACACUGAGGACAACUUAAAGCGGUGUCAGUAUUCCCUAAAGGAGCGGGACUUCAUCAUUUCUGAACAGAAGAAAGCCGAAAAUGCGCUGGCUCAUCAAGCAUGUAUUUUACGGGCUGAUUUGGAGAAGUCUCAAAAGGACAACACUUCACUAUUUCUUAAACUUGCUAGAGAGGACGAAUUGAAUGCUGAUAACAGGUCGACUGUGAACAGUUUUCAAGCUGAUCUUGCUCAGCAGCUAGGUACACUUUGUAGCUCACUUGCUGCAUCUGUAACUCAACAGGGUAAACACCUGGCGUGUGUUGAGAAUCUCUGUAAUUCUUUUAUCCAAGUACAUGAUAAGGUUUCUGUAGAAUUAAAGCAGAAAGUAAGUUCUUCGAGGGCUUUGUAUGUCUCUCAUUUCGAGUCUGUACAAAAUGUUGUCCGCUUGCACAAAGCUGGUGCUAAUGCUGAUUUAGAGGAACUCUCAGCUUUGGCUUCCGCCAAUUCACAGUCAAUUGAAGAAUUUUUAGCAGCUGAGGCUGUUGAAGCAAAAGCAAUUUUUGAUGACCUUCAGGAAACUCUAUCAAGCCAUCAAGGUGAAAUGGCUCACUUAGCAAGAGAGCUUCGACAGAGAUUUCUUGUCAGUAUAGAGCACCUGACAACAACCUCAGAUUCUGUUCAUGGAUUUCUUGAUGAGCUUCUGAAAGAAUCAAAAAAGCUUGAAUGUCACACCACUGAAGUUGAUGAAAUUCAGACGAAGUGCAUUGCUGAAUUGCGCAACGCUUAUGAGGAACAAUCAAGGUCGGAAGCGGAAAAGCUUAUUGCUGAUAUGACGUCUCUAGUUUCUGAUUGCAUGCGUCGUCAGAAAGAGAUGGUGGACGCAAAGCUGGAUGAUAUGAUGGACAGUGCAACUGGAAAUAAAAUGUUUUUGGAUGGACAUCUUUUAACAAUUGAUGGCAUUACAACAGAUUUAAAAAGGAAAUGGCAGGAUUGUUUUGUCAAGGCAGAGACUAGUUUCAAGGAUAAUGCUGAUUUCUCUGCAGCUAAGCAUUGUCGUAUGGAGUUACUUUUACAGAAAUGUGUGAAUACUUCUGAUACGGCUCUGAAGCGGUGGCAAAGAACACAAGAGUCAUUGAAUGACAUGGGAAAUCAACAUGCCUCUGCUAUUACCUCACAUGUUAGGGAUAUGUGGUACAAUAAUGAACAACAUGAUGCUGAAAUUGGAUCUGCUCUAGUUAUUGUUGAGGAUGAUAUCCAAACGAAUAGCGAAGCUACCAUUCAGUGUCUCAAUGGUUUGUCGGAACAAGAAAAAUUAUCCGUUUCUAAAAUAUUGGAGAACUCAAGAAAUCAUUCGGAAACGCUCGAGAAUCUUCUCAAGGAUCAUUCCCAGCAGUCAGCGUGUAUCGAACAGCAUGCUGCCGACACUUUCCGGCAAAAAUAUAUGGAUUACGAGCCGACGGGCAGUACACCAGUUAGGUGUGAGGCGGAUAUUCCGAGCAAGGUCACCAUCGAGUCGCUACGGGCAAUGCCUACAGAGGCACUCGAAGAAGAAUUUAGGGAAAAUAAUUCAUUCGACUCGUUUCAUGUAAAAGAAGUAAAGCCAACACUCAUUCCUCGUGCGCCAUUUUCACAGAUCAACCAGUAGCUGCCUGCCAUGUUGCAUGAUUCUUUGUAUUUCUACUUUUCAUGUAUAAUACAUACAUAAUACACUAACUUCAGACAGAUGUGAUUGUGGACUGUGUUGUGUUGUAGGCGCUCAUCAAUUAAAAUUAAUCCCUUCUCGGGAUUUACUUUAUAUUGUAAGCUAGCUUCUUCUCACUGUUGUUUAUCUGUUUUUAUUUAUGAAAAUUGUUGGGAAAUAGUUCAGAUUGAAAUUCUCAGAGUUAGGUCUCUUUGUAAUUGUUCAGCUUCAAGAUUGAAUAUGAUCUAUUUAUUUCCUACUUUUAUUCAUAAA